AUGUUUAAUGUUAUCAAUGAAUUGGAAAAGAUCACCGUGCCUGUUCUGUUGUCGGUGAAUCAAAGCCCAGCGGAUAAUAUGGAUGCAUAUGGUUUUCAGGAUUUACAUUCGGUUCAGAGUAGUAGCUCUAAACCUAAGUCUUAUGCGGAAUCGGUGACAGCCAACAAAGAGCAGAAAGUUAAUUUUCGAUCUUUAUCUAGUUCGGUUGUCCAAGAAGGUUGUGAUGUUGUUCUUCCGAAGGAAUCUGUCCGAUCGGUGAAGGAUAAACUGGCGAACACAUUAUAUGGUUAUUUUUUGGGGGAUCGUCUUGCAUUCCCGGUGGUUGACUACUAUGUUAAGGUUAAUUGGAAAAAAUAUGGAUUGCAAAAAACGAUGAUGAAUGCAAAUGGUUUUUUCUUUUUUAAGUUUAAUGAUGAAGUCGGGAUGUCAAAUGUUCUUAAAGAUGGUCCGUGGAUUAUUAGGUCUCAACCAUUGUUUCUGAAUACAUGGAGUCCUACGACCAAAUUGGAAAAGAAAGAGGUUAAACGAGUGCAACUUUGGGUAAAAAUUCACGAGGUUCCAAUUGCUGCUUAUACGGAAGAUGGUCUUAGCCUAAUUGCAACAACAAUUGGAGAACCAAAAAUGCUUGAUUCCUUCACAACGUCUAUGUGUACGGAUUCUUGGGGUCGCAGUAGUUAUGCUAGAGCAUUGGUGGAGAUUUCGGCGGAAAAGGAGCUCCGAGAAGAGAUUACAAUGGCAAUUCCGGAAACGGAAGGGGAGGGUUUUACCCAAGAGACUAUGUUUGUAGAAUAUGAAUGGAGCCUGCAUCGUUGUGCUACUUGUUGUGUAUUUGGCCAUUCAAACGAGAUGUGUCCCAAGAAGCCGAUCAAAUCGGGUAAUGCUAAAUAUGAAGAUCACAAACGUAAUGCCCAAAGAAACAAGCAAGUGAAAAAGUUUCCGGUGGUGGAUCAAGAUGGUUAUACCGAGGUGCAUGGUAAGAAAGUAGCUAGAAGGCCGGGUAUUCAGGGGAAUAAACAAUCAAAGUUUGAAUAUCGGCCAGUGUCAAAAUCCAAGGCGAAUGAGAAUAACGGACCAAAGUCAAAGACAUCGAACAGCCCUUUUGAUAUUCUAAAUAAAGUUGACCCAGAAACGGGUACAAGCAAAAAGAACACGGAUUCGGGAUUUGAGGAUUCGGAUGGUGAUGAGGCCAACGAGGUUUAUAAUGAAAUGGAUGAUUUUAUGGCUCAAGGAUCGGUGAAUUUAAAUAAAACACAAGGGGCAAGCACUCCUUCUCAGAUAGUUACUGAUGCCCAUGUUGAUGUUGGUAAAUUGGGUAAAGUGUGUAAGGCUGUUUUUAGAUCAUGGGAUUGGACUUCAAAUGACGGGUGUUGUAACAAAGGCACAAGAAUUAUCAUUGGGUGGAAUCCAGCUAUUUUUGAUGUAAUGAUCGUCGCUCAAUCGCCUCAGGUUAUACACUUACAGCUUGUCUUUAAAUUGGAUAAGAGAAUGCUCUUCUGUUCUAUUGUGUAUGCCGAAAAUUAUUAUGUUACGCGGAGGGAGUUAUGGCAUCUUCUUUCUAUGCAUAAAGUUUUUGUUGCGGAUCGGCCUUGGUGUAUUAUGGGUGAUUUUAAUUCUGCUCUUAACAUAGAAGAUAAUUCGAUGGGUACUUCAUCCAUUUUGAUUGGUAUGAGGGAUUUUCAGGAAUGUAUUGAUGACAUUGAAGUUGUGGAUAUUAAUCGAACAGGUAUUCAUUUUACGUGGAACCAAAAGCCUAAAAAAGGUGUGGGAUUACUAAAGAAAAUUGAUCGGGUAAUGGGAAACACUCCGUUUCUUACUGAAUACCCGAACUCGGUUGCCAUUUUCAAGCCGUAUAGACUUUUGGACCACUGCCCUUGUAUCUUGUCUAUUCCGGAAGCUAUGAAACUCAAACCGAGGCCGUUUAAGUUUGCUAAUUUUUUGGUUUUUAAACCAGAAUUUUUGGAGAUUGUUAAUAAGUAUUGGCUAAUUAAUGUUGACGGGGUUCCCCAAUUUCGAGUUGUCAAGAAGUUACGGUCACUUAAACACCCACUUCAUUCGUUGCUGUUCAAACAGGGCAACCUCCACAAGAAGGUUGAAAGUAUUCGGUUGAAGUUAGAUGUUAUUCAGCAAAGUAUUGAUCAAGAGCCGCAAAAUGUUGAUCUUCGGACUGAGGAAUCAUCGGUUAGCCGUGACCUUCAGGAUGCUUUGUUGGAUGAAGAGCGUUUUCUGAAACAAAAAGCUAAGGUUGAUUGGUUGAGUGCGGGUGACAUGAAUACUGCUUUUUUUCCAUUCCUCUUUGAAAAUACGAAAUCAUUGUAG